AGCUUCCUGUCACAUGUCUGCUACAGUAGGAUCAUAUGACUUCAGACCAUGAAAAUGAAAGCUGGGUUCAGCCUGCUGAAACCUGUAGUGCUUAUUUUUAUCUUUAAUUUAUGUUUUUACGGAAGUUAUCAACUGACUGAACUGCAGGUAUGUGAGCUCUGCAACGGUACAAUCCUAAAUGGCACCGCAGUGGGUCAGUUUUGCUCCGUAUCCGCUGGUCGGAUAGACGGACGCUGCUGCUUGAAAAAUGACAACACAAGCGACCCUGAACACAUCAUCGGGUUGGAUCUGUCCAAUUGUUCACUGACUCACGUGGAGGAUCUUCAGGGAGCAUCAACAUCCUUAAUGAUAGACCUCUCACUCAAUCCCAUUGUCAACAUCAGCGACACAGCAUUUCAAGGAUUUAUUGAGUUAAAUUACAUGAUUUUGCCACAAUACAUAGUUUGUCCAGGGGGCAACGCUUCUUGGGAAAAGGUGGAGCUCAAAGAUGGAAAUCGUAUUUGUAAAGGACAGAAAGAUAUGUGCAACCAGACUGGACAGCUGUCCAUUAACUGCCCGGAAAACUCCCUCUGCGCCCCCUAUGGCCCGAGCUUCUUCGAGUGCAGCUGUGCUGACGGCUAUCGAGGAUACAAGUGUCUUCGAGAGGGGGAGUUCCCAGCUCUCCAGGUGUUUGGACCUCUUGGAGCUUCUACAGUUGUGAUCUCGUUCCUGCUGUGGGUCACCCAGAGACGAAAGGCCAAACCCCUCUGAGGCUGAAGUGCACUCGACUUCUUUAUCUGCAAUGAUCUACUGAGCUGAAACUGAAAGGGACAAUGCUGACACAGUCUGCGGUGACCCCAGACUUCUUUUUAGACUGUUUUAUUUUACUUUUGUGUCGGCUUUAUUUUAUUUAGGUACAUUUUUUUAACUGAUCUUUUAUUUUUACUGCAUCAUCACUGCAAUUUUAGAGAGAAAGUUCAUUUUAAGUUUUUUAAUCGUUUUACAUUUUUGGCAAUAAAUACCACUGUUACCACUUUAAUUAUAUUUUUCAAACGUAGUUGACUGACACAAGAUAUGUUAAUGAGCCGGCUGUGUUUAAGUAUUUGCUCGCUGUGCCUAACGUGCACUGAAUGUGUCUGAGUUUACACGUUGGAACUACAUGUCCUUAAGCACAUUUGAGGAAAUCUGUAAAAAAAAAUUGGCAAAUUGUUGUUUCUGCCUGUUGAACAUUUACUUCACUCACAGCAAAAACCAAGUCAGGUUCACUCCAUGAACCAUAUGCAUCUAAAUUUUAAGUUUUGUUCUGUAUUAAGUUGUAUUUUAAAGUCAGUUUAACUACUACACUGUUAUUUAGUCCUCACCUGCUUUUCUGCUGUUACAUCUUGAAUGUUACGAUUCAAAGAUGGAAAAUGUUGCGUGCCUACUGGUGAGUUACACUAACUUCAUCUUCUACAAUAUGUUCAUCAGUCAAAUGUCUUCAUGUUGAUGGGCGAGUAGUUUUGAUGCUUCUUCCCAAUGAGAUUCAGGAUUCUAAUAAAAUAUUCACAACAAUA